UUAACACAAAAGCAAUUCAGCUUCUUUCAAAUUCAUUUUCUACAUCUAGAUUAUUGCAUUAAGUCCUAAAAAUAUUUACUUAGUAUUAAAAUUGUUUUAAUAAAUGCUCUCUGCUAAUGGCUGUCUUCACUCUGCAUCAAUACAUGGACUCCAGAUCUUUCUGCAUCAUACUCUUGAUGACCAUCAUGAUUCUGAUGGGUGUACAGGAUCAAGAGAUGCAGUUUCUCUCCGUGUUGUUCCAAACAGAUUGCAGUUCUUUGAAUAUGAAUCAGUAACAUUUCACUGUGAAGGAGUCGAUUAUUGUGAAGUUGUGCAUAAAUUCAAAGGGAAAGUAGAAUCAUGUAGUAAAACUAAUAAGACAACACCAACAGGAUCAUCCUGCACGAUUAAAAAUGUUUAUACAGACGACAGUGGAGCAUACUGGUAUGAGACUAAAGGGGGUACAAGAAGCAAAAUUAUCAAAAUCCGUGUCACUGAUGGUCCUGUGAUCCUGGAGAGUCCUGCUGUUCCUGUGUUAAUGGAAGAAACUGUGACUCUGAGCUGCAGGAACAAAACUGCAUCCUCCAACUUUAAAUCUGAGUUCUAUAAAGAUGGACGUCUCAUCCAUAGAAGCUCCACAGGAAGCAUGAUCAUCCAGAGAGUUUCGGAGUCAGAUGAAGGACUUUACAAGUGUAACAUCUCAGGAGCUGGAGACUCACCAGAGACCUGGCUGAAAGUCACAGCUAAUCCAGACGGUCACAAAGACAUGUGCCAUUCCUCCUCUGCUGCAACACCCUGGAUCGUUUGCACCAUUUUAUUUAGUGCUCUGUUGGUGGCAGUGGGACUGUAUUGCUUUGGCAGAUGUUACUGGGACAGAGAAAAUGAAGGUGUAUUGCCCUCCAGACCUCUUCACUACAACUAUGACAUGGGUGACACUCAACCACAAGCGGGAACCAACACAAUGAUGUCUUCAGCAGGAAUCUAUCAACCUAUAGCAGAGGAUCCAUUCUAUUCUACAAUAUUUGGUAGCAGCUGACUGAAAACAUAAAGACAUUUUAGAUAGAGUGAAAGCAAUGAUGUCACCCAGAUGUAUCAAAUAUAGUUGUUCCAAUGAAAAAAGUGUGCAUUUUCAGCUGGAUUUGAUGUGCUCAUGUACAAUUUGCUGCAGUUUAUGUGUAUUUAAUCAUCUGCUUUUAGUUGCAAUUGCUUUGCCUCUUUACACAUAUGGGAAUGCUGUUACAAGAAAAGAGCUCCUGUAGCUUUCAAAUAUACUCAAUGUGCUGAACUGCUACUCUGAAAGUGUGUUAUUACUUGUUUUCCAAAACCGAUGAACUGAGUUUGUGAUCAGCAGAGAAAUAAACUUGCAAAGUUUGAUAUUGAGCGUGUAUCUGAUUGGAAUGUGGUCUAAAAGCAAAAGUCAGAAGCUGAAUGAGCUCUGGUGAGACUAUGAUAAUGAAAAAACAGGAUACGAUUCAGCUGGUGUGAUGUGGUGCUCAGCUCCUCUGUGCUUUGCUUCAGUGAAGGACAGUUAGUUGUAUUUUGACAGACGAAAUAAGGUCAUAAUGAAUUUUAUUUUCAGCAAAAUUUCCACCUCC